CCUUCCCCUUCCCUUUCCCCUUCUCCUUCUCCUUCUCCUUCUCCUUCUCCUUCUCCUUCUCCUUCUCCUUCUCCUUCUCCUUCUCCUUCUCCUUCUCCUUCUCCUUCUCCUUCUCCUUCCCCUUCUCCUUCUCCUUCUCCUUCUCCUUCUCCUUCUCCUUCUCCUUCUCCUUCUCCUUCCCCUUCCCCUUCCCUUUCCCCAUCCCUUUUGUCUCCCUUCCUCUUCUCCCUUCCCCUCUUUCCCCUUUUUCCCUUUCCCUCAAACAGAUGUGAAAAUAAAAAAAGCACCUUUCACAACCAUUAUUAACUCUCUGCCAUCUUUCACCAGAGCCAUGCAUGUGCAGGGCUGGUCCUGCAACCCUGCUCAGACCAUUUGGGUUUUGUCCUUUUGUUGGCCACGAAUCCCAUAAGGUUUUAGGGAAGAAUGCAUGCAGUAAGGAGAAGGUAAACAUUUUUAAUCCUUUCUGAAAGGUCAGCAGUUCCACGUUGUGUUUGUUUCGUUUUGCAGGUGGUUGAAUUACAUCAUCCGCCAGUGACGUCCUGGAAAAGAUCCUUGAAGGGGUAGGACAUAACUUUUGGGAGUCCUGUACUGAAUUUGUCAUUUCUGGUUCUGUAAAGUCAGCGGUGCUGCAGAGGUUGAGUUCCCUGCAUCGUUCCAUGCUCAGGGCUCACCUGCACACUCAGGGGGAGCCGACUGUGGUUCGAUGCUCAUUUUGAACACCAGCUGACUUAGGAAGGUCAGCAAACUAAAACACAUUCGAUUCAGGCAAUAAUUUACUUCUAAGAUGUCUAUUUCUGGGUUAAAUUCCAUGAAGAGUUUGCAUCUACUGGUUUCUAGGGCUGAAGGAACUCUGAUGGAGCUGGAGAUAUUAAUGCCUUUUUUAAGAUGACGUUUACUUCUUUACUGCUGGGGGGCAAUGAUUGGAACCAACAGAAGCAAAGGAGCCCCACCUUCUGGAAAGAGAACCUGCAGAGAUUCACAGGCUGCAUGCUGUGUAUGGCUGCCCAACCGACCAACAUGGGGAAUGCAAGCAGUGUGAAGGAGUUCGUCCUCAUCGGCCUCUCUGGGAGCCCAGGCGUGCAGGAGGUUUGCUUUGUGAUGUUUCUUUGCUUCUACACCAUCAACGUGGCGGGAAAUCUGCUCAUUAUUGUCACCAUGAUCAGCAGCCAGCGUCUGAACUCCCCCAUGUACUUCUUCCUUGGCUACCUGUCCUUUGUAGACAUCUGUUACUCCUCCGUCACGGCUCCCAAAAUGAUUGCCGACUUCCUUGUGGAAAACAAAUCCAUCUCCUUUGUGGGCUGCAUAGCACAGCUCUUCGGGGCCCAUUUCUUUGGCUGCACGGAGAUCUUCAUCCUCACAGCGAUGGCCUACGAUCGCUACACGGCCAUCUGCAGGCCUCUCCACUACAGCGCGCUGAUGAGCCGGCGCGCGUGCGGCCGCAUGGUGCUGGGCUCGUGGCUGGGAGGCUGCCUGCAUUCCGUCCUGCAGACUCUGCUGGUCGCUCGGCUCCCCUUCUGUGGCCCCAACAAAGUUGACCACUACUUCUGCGACGUCCACCCCCUGCUACGCCUGGCCUGUACCGAUACCUACGCCGUCGGCCUCGGCGUCACCGCCAACAGCGGGAUGAUAGUUCUGAGCUCUUUCUCCGUCCUGGUUGUGUCUUACGCGGUGAUCUUGGUCUCCUUGAGAAGCCACACAUCGGAAGGGCGGCGCAAGGCCCUCUCCACCUGUGGGUCCCACAUCGCCGUGGUGGUUCUGUUCUUCGGGCCGUGCACCUUCACCUACGUGCGUCCAUCCAGUGACCUCUCGGAGGACAAGAUCGUGGCGCUGUUUUACACCAUCGUCGCCCCCAUGCUGAACCCCCUCAUCUACGCUCUGAGGAAUAAAGAGGUCAAGAGUGCCGUGAGAAAACUGUGGGGUGGAAGAGUAGAAAGUGAAGAGGGAAAGGUGUAGAACUGUGGCCAGUUUUCCCGAAGGAUCUUUCACCAUGAUGUAUUCGGUCAUUGCCACAAAAAAUGGUGCGUGCUGUGCAUGGCUGCCCAACCCACCAACGUGGGGAAUGCAAGCGGUGUGAAGGAGUUCGUCCCCAUCGGCCUCCCUGGGAGCCCAGGCGUGCAGGAGGUUUGCUUUGUGAUGUUUCUUUGCUGCUACACCAUUAAUGUGGCACGAUGUAUUUGGUCAGCAUUGCCACAAAAUGCCUUUUGAA